CAGAGAGGAUCCUGGAAGGUUUCGGGGGAGGGGGCUGCUCUCCAUUGUUCACUCCGAGCCAAUCAGAGCUUCCCCACUUCCUCCCAGCCAAUCUCCCUGCGCCUCCGUCCCUACCCCAGCCCACCCUCCGGGUCCCCAGCAUCUCCCGAGGAAGCCCCAGGGCGGUGGGAGAGCUGGGUGACGCUACAGGUCCCGCCUCCAGCUCGGGCCCCGGGCGAGUGCGUGCUGACGUCAUGCUGCGUGCGGGCCGGUGCGGAAUCGCUCCUUCAACUCCGCGGGGCAGGAGUUAGUUAGCAAAGAGCAGAGGCUGGGCGCGCGACCCCGCUCCUUCUGCCCCCGGCCGCACGCUGUGCUCACAUCUCUCUCUGCAUGGUGGAUAUUAUUUUUCAUUAUCCUUUUCUGGGUGCUAUGGGGGAUCAUUCCAAGAAGAAGCCCGGGACGGCCAUGUGCGUGGGCUGCGGGAGUCAGAUCCACGACCAGUUUAUCCUUCGGGUGUCGCCCGACCUCGAGUGGCACGCCGCCUGCCUCAAGUGCGCGGAGUGCAGCCAGUACCUGGACGAGACGUGCACGUGCUUCGUGAGAGACGGGAAAACCUACUGCAAGCGGGACUACGUCAGGCUGUUCGGCAUCAAGUGUGCCCAGUGCCAGGUGGGCUUCAGCAGCAGUGACCUGGUGAUGCGGGCGCGGGACAGCGUGUACCACAUCGAGUGCUUCCGCUGCUCCGUGUGCAGCCGCCAGCUGCUCCCUGGAGACGAGUUCUCGCUGCGGGAGCACGAGCUGCUCUGCCGAGCCGACCACGGCCUCCUGCUGGAGCGCGCUGCGGCCGGCAGCCCGCGCAGCCCCGGCCCGCUCCCCGGCGCCCGCGGCCUGCAUCUGCCAGACGCUGGGUCCGGACGACAGCCCUCACUGCGCACGCACGUGCACAAGCAGGCGGAGAAGACAACCCGGGUGCGGACUGUGCUCAACGAGAAGCAACUGCACACCCUGCGGACGUGCUACGCCGCCAACCCGCGGCCCGACGCGCUCAUGAAGGAGCAGCUGGUAGAGAUGACCGGCUUGAGCCCACGGGUCAUCCGCGUGUGGUUUCAGAACAAACGCUGCAAGGACAAGAAGAAGUCCAUUCUCAUGAAGCAGCUACAGCAGCAGCAACACAGCGACAAGGCGAGCCUCCAGGGACUGACUGGGACGCCUCUGGUGGCAGGCAGCCCCAUCCGCCAUGAGAACGCGGUGCAGGGCAGCGCAGUCGAGGUGCAGACGUACCAGCCGCCUUGGAAAGCACUCAGCGAGUUCGCACUCCAGAGCGACCUGGACCAACCCGCCUUUCAACAGCUGGUCUCCUUCUCCGAGUCAGGCUCCCUAGGCAACUCCUCCGGGAGCGACGUGACCUCUCUGUCCUCGCAGCUCCCGGACACCCCCAACAGUAUGGUUCCUAGUCCGGUGGAGACGUGAGCGAG